AAUCAUCUAGGAGGUCUCUUGCAGCUCUAAUAAUAAUAACUAACAUCUAUAUAAUGCUUACUUUGAAUCAGUCUCUCUGCCAAGUGCUUUACAAACAUCUCAUUCCAUCCUCGCAACAACCUUUGGAGAGGUAGGUGCUCUUAUAACCCCCGUUUUUAUGAUGAAGAACCUGAGGCAGUCAGGGUCAAGUGACUUGCCCAGAGUACCAGAACUAAAAUGUCUGAGGCUAAUUUUGAACUCAGGUCUUUCUGACUCUAAGUCCAGUUCUCUGUCCACUGUACUACCUAACUAUUGGAUCAUAGGUAGAUUUAUUUUCUUCUGUUCUCUCCUAACCAUAGUCUCUCCACUCAUGGCUGUUUUCUCUCCCUACAGGUUAUAAACAUCAAAUGAGCUUCCCUUGCUUCAGAAACAUAUCAUGGAACUCUUACUACAAGACCUUCACACUCAGCUUCACUAUUACCAACAUGUUUUACACAACAAAGAUGAAUCAAAAGGACUCCAGAACAUUCGAGGCUGCUGAGCAUAUCCUGCAAAUCUUGCUCAAGGUAUUGUUUGGAAGCAGCAGGCUUGCCUCUCAGUAUUCUGGAUGCAGUGCCCUUUCACUGAGGUCUCUGAGGAACAGGAUAGCAACCGGAGUGGAUAUACUCUGCACUUUCAAGAAGUACUCCUCCAACCAUGUCCUGGACAAAAAGGUGGUUUACUGGGAGCUGAUUGAACAGCUCUGUACAAGAAAGCUAAAACACCUGGUUAUAGACAAUGAUAGCCUCAUUGUGAAUGGGUAUCAACAUAAGCUGCCAGGAAUCAGAUCGACAAAGAGAAGUGAGGUUGGUGUAGGAGCUGUCACCCAUAUCCCCGACCAUGGAGCACCAGGAGACAUCAAGACAUCACUGACUAGUGGCCUCCUGAUUCGUGAAUCCAUUGUAUAUUCUAUAGGAUUCCCUACUGAGACUUCAGGGACACUGAAGAAAGUGAGUGGAUCUCACCAGGGAAGAGAACCAACAGACUCCAUCAGUAUCCCUAUGACUGGCUUUAAGGGGAGAGAUUCCAUUACAGACAUUGAAAGAGACAUAUGUGUCAUGGAGACAACUCUAAGAGCCACAGGUACUCAAGCCCCACUUCUCAUUGUGCACACUGGAGCAGGUGACCUCAUCCCUGGGAUGCACAGGAGAACUGUGUCCUCUCCCACUUCACCCUCAGCUCCAAGUGAGAUAUCCUCUGGAGUCACCAUUGCCAUUGCAAGGCCCUCACUCUCCAUGACUCCAGUAGAACCCACAGCUAGCCCUGGCUCCAGUGGUCCCUUGAACAUCAGCCUAUCUGGGACAAUUUUUUCUACACCCCUUGCACAAACACCUAGAGCUGAAAUAGCUCCUGGAGAGAGUUGCAGCACCCCCCCUUCUCUAUGGUCCACUUCAGUUGAUUCUUUCAAUACUGUUGGCUCAGCCCCAGGAACUGAAAUCACCUCCAUUGUGCCUCUAUAUUCACUUCCAACAGCCUCAAGUGCCACAGAAACCACACCAAAUCCUGAUUUGUCAGUGAGACCUAUCACACUAGAGCCAGGCUCAGCUGCCCUAACUUCCACUGCUCCCACCAUCAUUCCAACACUGUCUGAGGAAGACAUAAACACCUCACUGGUGUCUAUAGAAGGACCAACAGAAGAUAAAACAGUGUCCAGCACCUUCCCAGCAAAUGCAGACACCCCUGGUAUCACUCACAGGGAGCACUUCUUCACAGGUCCUGGAGUAACUUUUCAACCUGACAUGGCCUCUACUUCUCUGCCCAAUUUAUGUGAAGGGAUCAGUUAUUCCAGAAAUAUCCCCUCACCCUCUUUAGGGAGUAGGAAAAGCAGUGCCAUGAUUGGAGUCUGGACAAACCCAGCUGAACCUCACACUGUGGAGCCUAAGAAGCCCACCCCUGCUGAGGGUUCCCUCUGUAUUGGACCAGUGACUGAAUUUAGCAGCAGGGAAAGUGGACAUUUAAAGAAUAGCUUGGCCUCUGCUGUGACCCUUAACUCUCCACUACCAAGCCCCAUUGCUUCUAGCAGCAUGGAUGUAGACUCAGAAAUGGCGUCAGGAUUAUCUCUCUGGACAGACAGCUCCUCAUCACAAGUAGAAGUCAGUUUUCCUUAUCUCUUUUCCACCACAGGAGAUGGACCCUCCCUGGGAACAGAACCUCACAAUCCCAUCCACGAAUCUCUGAGCCCAGGGCCAGGCUCCUUUCCUGCCUUAAGUACUCCCACAGCCUGCACAAGAACAGCUUCCCUUGAGGCUGCUACUUCAUUGGAGGACCCAGGGCCAGCCGGCCUGACUCCAGAGACUGAGAGAAACCCACAGGCAACACCAACUCCAGUUAUCACCCUGCCUCCAGCCAGCACACAGGAAGUUUGCACAACAGCAUCUCCCAGUCCUUCUGACACAACCACAGAGGGCAACAGUGUCAAGUCAGGGACAACCUCUGUUUCUGAUCAAGUGCCUUCCACUUCCAGCCUCUUCCCAAGUAGUGAUGCUGGUGUGGUGCCAGCCACACAUGCCCAAGGCCAUGAAGCACCAGGAAGCACAGGAGCACUGAUGAGGAGCCCCCUGACAUCUAUGUGUUCUAUUAUGCCCACAGAAUUAAGCACAAGUCUGGCUUCCAGUAUGAACAUUUUUGACACCUAUUUGCCUGAUGAUACCAUUGCCCCAUCGGAUGACUCUUCAGAGUCCACAGUGACUUCAGUAUCACAACCCUCAUACUACAAGAUUUUCACUCUCGACUUCACCAUCACCAACAUGUUGUACAAACCAGAGAUGGGCGAAACUGGUUCCAGCACAUUCGAGGCCACUGAGCAUGUCCUGAAGAACCUGCUUAAGGUAUUGUUUGAAAGGAGCAGCCUUGGCUCUCAGUAUUCUGGAUGCAGUGUGAUCUCAUUGAGGUCUCGAAAUAAUGGGACAGCAACAGGAGUGGAUGUGUAUUGCAUUCUUAAGGAAGUCUCUGCCAGCGCUGUCCUGGAAAAAGAGAAAGUUUACUGGGAGUUGACUGAACAGCUCUUUAGAAGAAAGCUAAGCCACUUGAUUAUAGACAAAGACAGCCUCAGUGUGGAUGGGUAUAAUCGUAAGAUGACACUCUUCAGAUCCAGGAAGGGUUUGUUUAAACCUAAUAUCCACAAGGACAUGAAGCAGGAAAUGGAGAGGGCAGGAGAGACAAAGUCCCAAGUAUCAGCAGCAGGGAGCUCCAACUUGAAGACCUUCACCCUCAAUUUCACCAUCACCAACAUGUUUUACACAACAACGAUGAGUCAAAGGCGUUCCAACACAUUCCGUGCUACUGAAUUUAUCCUGCAGCACCUGUUCAAGGUAUUGUUUGAAAGAAGCAGCCUUGGCUCUCAGUAUUCUGGAUGCAGUGUGACCUUGCUGAGGUCUAUGAAUAAUGGGAAAGCAACAGGAGUGGAGGUUAUAUGUUCUUAUCAGGAAGUUUUAUCCAUCCCUGUCUUGGACAAAAAGAAGAUUUACCAAGAGCUGAGUCAACAGACUAAUGGAAUAACAAAGUUGGGAUCUUAUAUUCUAGAUAAUGAAAGCCUCUAUGUGGACGGGUAUAACCCCCAGAUGCCAACCCUCUCCACAAACAGGCCCAGUGCAGAAAGCAAGGGCAGGAUAAGGACCACAGAUAGAGAGCCAGAGACCAUAAUGACUACAACUUGUAGCCCUGCAGUAAGAACACACGCUGUUCUGGCAACAACAACAACCCCAACCACUACAUCUGGUAUUUCUGGUUUGGAAAAAAUCACUGUGCCUGCUUCCUCUGCCUUGCCAGAGACUAUGGUAGCACCAACUGCCUGGUCUGGAGUGGAGAUGAGCCCAUCUGAAACUAUGCUCAUUGCAGAGAUCUCAACCACCCUACCUGGGGAUGGGACAGGAGAAGGUGUUCCUUCCUACCCAGCUACCGUUGACCCCACAGCAUCAACCACAUUCUUCUCCUGGACCAAUGUGCCUCCAGCAGGGUCUAUAAGCUCCUCAGCCACAAGUCUUUCCAGUGUCAGUAGAGAAGAUCCAAAGCCAAUUCUCUCUCUGGACACAUCUGCUUCAGAGAUCACAUCCAUGGCUACUGCAAGGGAAGGGCUGGCCCUAACUGAGUCCACAGCCACAAUGGAAAUCAGUCGAGGAGCUGAGGCUGAGAUUCUGUCCACAAGUGGUUUGCCCAACAUCUCAGCUUCCCCUCUCAUUCCCAAAGAUAAAAUAUCCACCUGGGCUACCAUGACCACUAUUGCAGACACUGCAUCAGAGAGCCCCUACUUGAAGGUUUUCAACCUCAAAUUCACCAUCCUCAACCUGUUCUACACAACAGACAUGGGUCAAAGGGGCUCCAGCAAAUUCAACUCCAUUGAGGAUGUCCUGCAACCUCUGAUCAACAACUUGUUUAGAAAAAGCAGCUUUGGCCCUCACUAUUUUGGAUGCAGGCUGACUUUGUUAAGGUCUAUGAAGAAUAGGAUAGCAACAGCAGUGGAUGUCGAAUGUGCUUAUCAGGAAGAUUCCUCCACCCCUGUCCUGGACCUAGAGAAGAUUUACUGGGAGCUGAGUGAACAGACCCAUGGAAAAACAAGGCUGGGACCCUACAUUCUACAUAAGGAAAGCCUUUAUGUGGAUGGGUAUACCCAUCAGAUACCAACCACCACCACAAACAGUAAGUUUUUAAUUUCUUAAUUGCUUUAUUUUAUGGGAGAUUGCAAUGAAAAUUUUCUUUACUUUUUGGAGAAGGGGGGGUAUGGUAGGGCAGAGGAGAAAAAGUGGGUUGGGGGUUCAGAAUGAGGUAUUCUGUAAGAUAUGGCCAAUGUAUAGAUUUUCUUUACUUAUUUGCCUAUGUUUUUUUCUUUUUAAUUAAAAGCGUAUCUAAAUUGAUCAAAAAGGGGAAAAUACCCAAUGGGACUUGGAAAACCCCUAUCACCUUCUUGAUCUGUAUUUAGAGUCAAACCUUGUGGUCUUUGUAACCCUGGUACACAGAAGUGAUCUCUCAACAUUACAGGGAGACUUGUGCCCACUCCUCUAUAGCCUUCAUUCAGCAAUGUUGGUGAAUGGUUUUCAUUAAAAAUAUUUUUCUUUUUCCCUCCUUCAAUAAUUGCACUCUAUCCAAACCUAUCUCUUGCUUAGGCAUCAUUAUCCUCUGGCAUUAUAGGUAGGAAAUGAGUGAUGGUUUACUUCCUCUCCUGGCAAGGUUUAAUUAAGACUAAAGGACCCAAGAAGAUAAAGCAGGAAAUGGGAGAGGUCAGGAAAGAUGUACUCCUAGGUGUUAGGUCUAACAAUGAAUGUAAUGAUCUCUUCUCACAUGGACCCUGCAUUCCAACAAGAGUGACAGCUAUUCCAGAGAUAAAUCUAGGUAGAAUAAAAACAAAGAAUAAAUAUAACUACCAUGUAGUUAGUGACAAAGAGUUUAUAUACUGAGAGGGCAGUCAGGAAUGGUUUAAUGUAGGGAGUAGUAGGUGGAGCUGCAUCUUGAGAGAAGAAUGGGGGUCCUCUGAAGUGAAAGGGAGAAAUGAGGGCUUUCCAAGUAUAGAUAUACUGGUUUUAUGAGAAACUGAAUAAAAUAGAGCAUUGGCUAAUUUUAUUUAAAAAGCGAAAGUACUAAAUUAAAUGAUCAGUAUCAAAUCUAAAAUGAGUGAAUCUACCACCAAUACAGAGGAAAUUAAGGCAAUUAUAGGAGUUGUUUUACCCAAUUAUAUGAGAAAAGUUACAAUCUAGUUGGAUUAAUGAAUAUUUACAAAAAUGUAAAUUGCUGAGAUUAACAAAUGAAUGAAAUAGAAUAUUUAAAUGACACCAUCUUGGAAAAAAUAAAUUGAACAAACCAUCAAAGAACUCUUUUAGGGAAAAAAAAAACCCAGGGUUAGAUGAAUUGACAAGGGAAUUCUCUUAAAACAUUUAAAGAGUAAUAAAUCCCAAUAUUGUGUAAAGUAUUUGGCAAAUUAGGCAAAGAAGGAAUCUUAAUGAAUACUUUUUAUGACAAAAAUAUGGUGCUCAUUCCUAAGUCCAGAAGAUGAAAUAUAGAGAAUGUAAAGUACAAAUUAAUUUUCUUAAUAUGAAUAUUGAGGUAAAAUUUUAAAUCAAAUAUAUACUAGCAAAGAGACUACACCAAUAUAACACAAGGAUCAUUCACUAUGGCCAGAUAGAAUUUAUGUCAGGAAUGCAAGGUUGCUUAAAAAUUAGGAAAACUAUCAGUAUAAUUGACUAUAUCAAUAACAAAAGUAACAAAAGUCACAGGAUUAUCUCAAUAGAUAAAGAGACAAAAUGCAAAACUCGAUCAUAUUAAAAAACACUGGAAAGGAUAGGAAUUAAUGGGCAUUUCCCCAAAAUUAAAAGUAAUAUCUACCUAAAGCAAUCAGCAAGGAUCAUCUAUGAUGGAGAUAAGUUAGAAGGCUUUCCAAGAAGAUUAAGACUGAAGCAAGGAUGCCCAUUAUCAUCAUUACUAUUCAACAUAGUACUAGAAAUGUUAGCUUUUUAUUAAGAGAAGAACAGAAAUUGAAGAACGGAAAGUAGGCAGAGGUUUCUUUUAAAAAAUUAUAUUCUAUUCUAAAUUCUCUAUUUGCCCAUUGAAAAGAUAAAAAAUGUGAUACCCAUUAUCCAUAUGAAGUCAUGCAAAAUAUAUUUCAACAUUAUAUUAUUAUAUUCAGCAUUCAAGCAUAAAAAGGAACAUAAAAUAUCUGCUUCAGUCUACACUCAGAAUUCAACAGGCCUCUCUCUGCAGUGGGAUAGUACUUGUGGAGGGCUUUAAAAGCUAGAGAAGGGGGACAGCUAUGUGACUCCAUGGAUAGAGGGCCAGAUUGGAGAUAGGUGAUCCUGUGUUCAAAUUUAACUGCAGAUACUUUCUAGUUGUGUGACUCUGGGCUUCACUGGGCAAAUUACUUAACCCCAGUUGGCUAGCCUAUGCCACUCUUCUGUGACCAAUAUUUUCUAUUGAUUCUAAGUCAGAAGGUAGGGGGUUCAGAAAAAUCAAACAAACUAAAGAGAAGGUUUUAAAAUUUAAACAUGUGAAGUAUGUUCUUUCCUUUUCUAAGGCAAAUUUCUAAGUCCAUGAGGACUCAAUGGAUAAAGUCUUCUGAUAGAAUGUAAGCUCUUUGAGGUCAAGGAAUGUUUUAUUUUUGUCUCCCUGUCUUCAAUACCUAGAGCAA